GGCGACGCUCGCGAUUGGUUGGCCGGCGAGUCACGUGAUUGGCGGCCUGGCCAAUUGAGAGGCGGUGUUUGGGGUUUUUAUUUUUUUAAACCGCGCGGAGUUUGGCGGAGGCGAAGCCCUCCCACCACUCGUCUGGUCCGUCCGCUGAGGGGAAUCUAAAGAGAACUAGCGUCACUCGUGCCCAAGAAGAAGUCACCGGGGGGGGGGGGGAACACGUUGGGCAAAACGCCGCCGCCGACAAGAAACAAAACGAUGGCUGGCGAGGGCUCGCAAUGUUUGGACGAGCAGUGGAGCUCGCAGCAGUGGCUCGCCGCCAAGCGGGAGGCCGAAGAGACCUACGUGGAGGUACAGCGCGAGGCCGUCGAAGCCCUGCUCCGCUCGGGCCGUGCCGCCUACGACGAUUUCGUGCUCAAGGAGCGCCUGCGCGGCUUCCUGGGCGAGGGCGAGAUCGAGGAGCUGCUGCGCUGGGCCGUGGCGCCGCCCGCUGCCGCUGACGACGACGCGGAGGACGCCGAGCGGACGCAGCAUGAGCGGGAGGACGGGGCCGUGCGGGCGGAGCGCGAGGGCUCCUUGGCCUCCACCUACUUCCCCGAGCAAUCGGACGUGGAGACGCCCAUGCUGGAGUUGGGCUGGCCGUGCUACAAGGGGCAGUACCGCGGCGUGUCGCGCGCCGAGGUCUACCUGCAGCCCUACGUGGGCGAGGGCGCCGGCAGCUGCCGCGAUGGCGUGCGCAAACUGGCCAGGGGAGCGCAGUCGCUGAUUGCUUUGGUGAUGGACGCCUUCACGGACGUGGAGAUUUUCCGUGACCUUGUGGAGGCGUCCGUCAAGAAGAGAGUGCCCGUGUACAUCCUCCUGGAGCCCUUGGGGGUCCCUGACUUCCUGUUGAUGAGCGAGCGUGCGGGACACUCGCUGAGCCAGCUCAAGAACGUGCGGGUGAGGACGGUGCCGGGGCUCACCUACUACACGCGCUUUGGAGUCAAGGUGACGGGGCAACUGCGCGAGAAGUACAUGCUGGUGGACGGAUGCCGUGUCGGCAUAGGCUCCUACAGCUACACGUGGUCCGACUUUAAGCUGCACCGCAGCACGCUCGCCGUGCUCUCGGGUCAGAUCACCGAGGUGUACGACAACGACUUCCGCAUCCUCUACGCCCUGUCGCAGCCGCUAUGCGUGCCGGGCGUCGGCGCCGUGCCGACGCCGUCUCGGCCGCCGGGAAAGCUGCAGCACGCCCUCGGUGAGCGGUGCGAGACGGCUCCGGGCCAGGAGUCGAUCCGGAGCCCCGUGUCGCCGGGACGGGCGGCGGAAGUCCGCCCGGGCGCUGAUGACGACGACCCGGUCGCAACCUGGUGCCGGCGCCAUGCGGCCGAGCCGCCGCCCCCAAUCACGCCGGGUGCCGCCGCCGCCGAUGCCGCCACACAGACGGAGGAAGCGACGGUGGAGGAGCGCCCUUCCGAUCGGCGCAAGAGCUUUCUGGCCCCCCACAAGAGGCCGCUCCAGCCGAUUACGCCGCCGCAGCAGCCGGUGCCUCCGCAGCAGCAGCAGCCGGUGACGUCGGCGAAGAAUGUGGCGCCAGGUCGGCGCUCGAUGGUGAGCGGCGGUCCUGGGGUGUCGCGCCGCACAUCCAUGGGUCCCGGGAAGCGGCAGAAGGACGGGGGAGUGACGCCUGGUCCACAGCAACACGGCACCGCCGGCGCCGUCGUCGCCCGCCGGCGCUCGCUGACGCAGAAGCGGCGGAGAUCUGACACGCCGGCGCCGGACAAGCGCCGCGCCGUGAACGGUGCCUCCCCUGAGGAGCAGCCUUGCAACGAGGACGGGCAGGAAGCAGGCAACCAAAUGGAGGUUAGACAAGUUGGCGCGGCACAAGAGCCGCGUCCGGUGCCGGUCAAAGUAGGCGGGGAAAAUUCCGCAGGCGGCAUCGGCGAGCUGCAGAACGGGCAGGUGGCGUUGGCGCGGGGGGCCGGAGGGACCGAGCUGCAGCAGUACUUGGGACAGCUGCGCGUCGAAAGGCAGGUGCACUACGACAAGCUGCGGAUGAAGGUAGACGGCUUGCUGGUAGGCAUCAGCCGCAGGCCCAUCGCCAACUGGAUCAAGGCGCACCAGGCCGCAACGGGCCACAGCUCGGCGCGGCAGCAGCAGCAGCAGCGGAGGGAAGCGCCGCCCGGCGCAGUCACGCGCUCCGCCGGCGUCCACAGGGACGUGCUGCCUGGAGCCUUCACCAGGAGAGCACGGGAGAAGAGCAAGGAGAACCGCAAGCUGCCGAUUGGGCCUCUGACACAUUCCGGCAGGCCCAUCUCGAGGACGGGAUUGUGAUUUUUUUUUCAAUCGUUCUCACACGCUGUCUCUCUCUUUCUCACCUUCCGAUGUGUUUGCGGGUUUUGUUUUUUGCGUUCCGUUUGGCGUGUCGUCCGACGUUUCACUCCACGGGCUAGGAGCGGGGAAACGUUAUGAUGUCACGCCGAAUGGCACGCAGUGCAUACUCUCGCCCUCUUUAUUUCCACAUUUUGCUUUACUUGAACGAUUUAAUACUACAGAAAACGGCAUUCCUAAGUUCAGCGCACCGCGUUAUCCUUCCCGUACACCAAGGGUGGGGGAACUUGAAGCCCGUGGGCCGUGUUCGGUCAAAGACUUAAUUUCGUAGGGCCCACAGCCGCAUGAGGCCUACCCCCGCUUCGCAAUGGCCGCAAACAAUGUUUACCCAUCACUGCAGGUUGUCUUGGCCAACUAAAGGGGCGACCAUUUCCUAAACUGGCACAACUGGUUUUUAUUUUAGUGCGUUCAGUCACUGAUACACGCGUCAUUCACAGAAGUCGGUCACAGAAGUGACUGACGCGUGUAUUUUCAUGUGUGGGGAGCGGGAGUGUAGCGGUUAACGCGCUGCGCUACAAACCCUGCAAUCUACGUUCGACUGCCGCUCUCGGCCAACACCGUUGACGAUUAUCUAAGCCGGUUUUGGACCUCCCCUCAGUCGACUCAGCCUCAAAUGAGUUCCUGGUGCAGUGUGUAAACAUUGCCACUGGGGAGACAAAGGCGACCGGGCGUGGUGCUGGCCACCCACCCCCUCGUGUGCUGUUCCGGCCUUCAUAGGUGCUUGCUAACAGCACUUGCCCCAACAGUCUGUUAAGGCUAUACGGGGGGAUCUUUGUCUUUUGGUUGUCUGCCAAAGGAAAUAAAUACCUAUUUGUCUCUCCUUAUGGAUAGGUUCCCCACCGCUGCACUACUCACCGAUUUGUAGCUCAUCUUGGCUUUAUCUCCUUGCUUCAGAUUGCUUGGGCAUUUAGACGCCAUCAUGCGAACGCCGUUCAAAUAAAACUGUAAAGUGCUUCGUUUAAUAAAGUGCGGCAUAUGAAGUUUUUUUUGAGAAAGGAAAGCAAGGUUGAGAAACUCCCAUUCUAUGCACAAGCUGUGUGUCCCUGUAUUUGCGUGCAUCUGUUCUGUUUCAACCAUAACUCGACCAUCUACAUUUGAUGCCUCGUAUCUCACCCAAACCGCUUCGCCUGUCGCAUCCGCAUACCGCCACCGAAAACGUGCGGUGGCUCGUCGAUUGCUUUGACGUCUUGCUUUUACUUUGUCCCGAGCCACCAGAACUCGAAGUCGGUUCAUGGCCGUGUUCGGCUCUUCCACGGGCCAGAAGCAGAUUCACAAAAAGAGACGGAACUGUGUCAAGCCCGUGAACACUAGAGUGAUAUUUUAAUUUUACAAGGCAGUUCACCUUCCACAUGCACUCUUUGUUGAUGUGCCGACAAAAGGGGCUGCUAGAUUAUUGUACGAUUAAGCUUGUCUGUGCUGCAGCUACUGUAACGGAUUGCCUUAAAAAAUCUGGCACGCAACGUGUGGUUUCACUCAUAAGUGGAGCCUUGAUGGGGAAAUGUUUGUGAAGGAUGUGUCUUGAAAUGAUAUGUGGGUUGCUGAAACAUUCAUGUGGAAUGCUCUGGGAGGGUUGUCUUGGUUAAGUUCAUGCGCACGCACUGCUUUUAGGUUCGGCAAGUGAGUGAAAAUGCGUGGGUAGCAUUCCUCUUGUGCUUGGAUCAUCGUGGGUAUUGUGGCACAGUGGAAAGUGUUGGCAAAAUGCAUUCCUCAAAACAGUGUUUCAGUACACAUGUUUUUGCCAUUUUGCACAAAGUAGAUAGCCGAUUCUGUAUGUGACACAUAUCAAGUAGAUGUUCGAGAUUCUGCUGGAUUACCAGCCAACAUGUUACGGCACUUAUCAAUGGAAAAAUGCGCAGUCUUCAAUUAAGCUUACAACUGUUUUUAUCCAUUCCAUAAGAUUUUCAUAUUUAUGUUCCGUUAAACAUUUUUGUUGUUGGAGCUAUUACAUUGUGUGGGAUUUAUUUUAUUUCAAUUUUAUCUUCAUUUGUGCUUUUGCCAUUAUGUCAUAAUUAGACUAGUCCAUUUGGAUUUCGCAAGUAGUGCUGACCCUACCCCCUCUGGGCUACAGAGCAAAUAUUCCUUGCGUGGCAGCGGAUCGCAGGCAACUUGCCUAGAUUCGAACCCAGGUUCUCAGUGGUUCUAGCUCAGCGCUGUGACCUCAGAGCCACCCAGGGCCACCUCGAGACUUUACUUGUGAAUGUUGCCCAAGAUUAAACCAUUACGGAAUUUAAAGGGCAAUUAUGUUUGCUGUUAAAUGCUCUGCGAAAGCCUGUUUUUGGAAGUGUUUAAAACUUGCAAAUUAGAAAUAGCUUUUACAAAAAGAAUCAUCUAUUGCAACUGCUGUGAUCGCGAUGCUGUUUAGGUAGCUAUGAACACUCGGCAAAACUGAUCAGGACCUCCCCAGGACAUCACCUUAAUCGCGAGGCUUAAAUAAGUACGUGUUUUGUCACGGUCAUUUUCGGUAAAGUUCACGACCUGAAUUUCAGGAAAAAACGAUAAAUCACGGAAUAAGGCGGGGGCGGUGUCUCGGCUGAAAAAAAAGUUUUCUAAAAUAUAAAAGUUGGUAAAAUAGCCAUAUAGCAUUUCAAAACACAACUUGAGGAAGUGCCUAAUGUAAUGUAUUUUACGGCCAUUUGCAAGGUUUCACGGACUUUCCAUGAUCUCUGUGCCAAAAAUGUGGUCGUACUCAUUCAGUAUUGGUUGAAAGAAUGGGGAGUUUUAUUUUCACCCCAAGAUACUAAGUGUCUUCAUGUCGUUGUGUGCAAAGGAACAUAGCUUUUAUUUGAGAUUAGUUUCAGAUUUCAAAAUGGCAGGUUUGCGAGGAAUUUUUUUAUCGCUUUUUCCAGUCUUGGAACUUUUAGUCAUGGCUUAACGUGUCUUCGUGCUAACAAAAGAUACGCACGUGAAACUUUUGGUGGGAAAAGCAUGGAAGUGAAGACAUUUAAGUGCCGUCAUUUUCGUUAGCAGUCGUACGCGAUGCACCAUCCAAAAUAUAUUGUUUGUCAUCGGAUGAUUAGAAAUUGUGUGGGGCUGAUAUUCGAUGGGUUUUUUUAUUAGUCCAAAAAUCGGCAACUCAUCCCGAGCGUUUAUGCUUGAUGUUGCAUGCACCGGUACGGUUUUAUUUCUGAUUGAGGUGUGAUGCCUCUCAACACUAGGCUUGCAUGCUGACAUUUGUUUGCAUGUAACAUGCUAGUCUGGGUACAGUGUGCUUUUAAUAAAGGAAAUUAACGUGA